AUUGCCAUCACACUUCUGGCAGGAUGAGGUGGCCUUUAAAAAGACAAACAACCCCCAGCCGCCACUUGUUCAUAGGAGAACCUUCCAAAUAACAUUGUCUGACAAGCUAUGUUGUUUUUUCUUUAUAUUUGAUAAGAUGUAUUUUUGUCGUUUCAACAAAGUAAUGAAUAGCUUGAUUUACCCUCCGUACCAGUGGGUGGCGAUAGUGCACAACUUUAUUGUUUGCCAGCCGCGAAUGGACCUAAAAGACAGAAGAAAUUACCCUUGAACGCCUCUCCUCCACUCGCACUGCGCAUGCGCCGAACCAGCAGCACACGGCUGCGUCCCGCCUUCGUUUAAUGGCUGAGUUUGACGAGGACUCAGUGAAAGUGCCAUUUGGGACCAAGCAUCUGGAUGCUGCCAUGUGUUUCCCUGCGUCGGAGACAGAUGUUGAUACGGCCGUCAUUCUCACACAUGGGGCGGGUGGAGACAUGAACUUUAAACAUCUGGUUUCUCUGGCACGUGCCUUGGCAUCGAAUGGCUUCCUUUGUUUCCGUUUCACGUGUAAAGGUUUAAACUUAGGUUACAAAGUAAAGGCCUACCGUGCUGUGUGGGACUUCUUGAAAUCUCUACAGAAGUUUACCAUAAAGCAGAUAUUUGUUGGAGGCAGGUCAAUGGGAUGUCGGGCUGCUGCAGCUUUAGCCCGGCAGCUGAGUGAAGAAUCUGAGGAUGCUUUGCAGGGCGUCAUCUGCCUCUCUUUCCCCCUGCAUCCCCCGGCCCUGAUGAACGCUCAUCUGCAAAGAAGUGAGGAUCUCAGGGGGCUCCCGGACCACCUGUCUGUGCUGUGUGUGUCAGGCACCGAGGACAUCAUGUGCGACAGGGUCCUUUUUGAAGGGAUUGUAAAAGAAAUGAAAGCGAAAGUUGACGUUUUUUGGGUGAAAGGAGCCAAUCAUGGACUGAGAGUCAAAGGAAGGUCAGAGGAUUCUGUGCUGGAUGAAGUAAAUUCACAAGUGAUCACCUGGCUGACUAAGCAGCUUGCAUAGAUAUUUACUUAUUUUUUUGUAACUUACUGUCAAACGUUUAAAUAAAGGAUUUUAUUUUUUA